GUGGGGCACAAUCUGUGUCCCGCAGGCUACGCCCCGCAUCUCCUCAUUGGCUUCUUCAGGCACGUGGUAAGGUGGUCCCGCCUCCGGGUGGCCUGAGAGGCGGCACGCAAAACCGCAUGGACAGCUUGGCGCCGGGCCGAUGGAGACGACGAAGGAUCGAGGAGCUGCCGGCCGCAGGGGACGCGAAACGGGCAUGCAGGAGGUCAGAAGCUGGUGGCCAUGAGUACAGCAGUCACAUGGUAAGCACCUGUGCCCUGCUGUCCUGGAGCACAGACGACCAGGAGCCAUGGCCACGAGGCCCGCCUGCACCGCGACCAGAGUGUGGCCAGGAGAGGCCGAGCUCAGUGAGUCUGCAGAACGGCGGAAGGAGCUCAGCCCAGCCUUGCCUGAGAUGUAUUGCGGGGGAGUCUGGCCAUUUUAACCAUACCGCGAAUCAUUAGAAGAUGCAAACAGGAAGAAGGAAGAUUCCAGUUGUGUUUGAACCCUCAUGCAACAGCCAGUGCAGAUCCCUUCCAGCUGACCUGGGUGUCCAACUGAUGACCAGGGCAAAUCCCUUCCAGCUGACCUGGAUGUCCACCUGACGACCAGGGCAAAUCCCUUCCAGCUGACCUGGGUGUCCACCUGAUGACCAGGGCAAAUUCCUUCCAGCUGACCUGGGAGCCCGCCUGUUCAGAUGACAGCCAGAGCUUCCUACAGGGGUUGUUUGCCUCUUAGGCAAUCCCACUCCCUCUGCAGAAGGCCGGAACAUCCAGAGUGUGGUGGCUCGUUGCAGCCUUUUUUCUAAUGUGUUCUGCUGAAGAGGAAAUCAUCUAGAAGUCAACCAAUUCCAUAUCAAGAUGCCCAGGGGUUUUGGAGUCUUGUAACUCAUGUAAUCAUAAGGCACAGCUGGAGAUCUCGCUGCCUUUGGACUUUGGGGCUGUUCUGGACAUAACCGGGGCUGUUUUUAAUUAAAAAACUUAUUUUUAUAUUUAAAUGCUCUAUAAUCUUGAAGUGAAUUUUGCUAAUUGUUAAUACCCAUCAAGCCAUGUAAUUCUCCAACUUUAGUUAUGAGGGACAGAACCCCAUUGAUAUUAAAAUGGAAUU